CUGUGGUUCUCGGUUUGGCAGGCGGUGAUGGAGUCGGAGAUGAAGUUCGACCUGGAUGGAGACGGACUCAUUGAGAACUCUGGAUAUGCAGACCAGACUUAUGAUGGAUGGACAGUGACUGGACCAAGUGCUUAUUGUGGUGGGCUGUGGCUGGCGUCGCUGUGUGUGAUGUGUAAGAUGGCCAUCCUGUUGGACAAUAAGGAGAUGUACCAGCUCUACAGAAGCACACUGGACAAAGGCAGCACUGCAUUCGACAAACUGUUGUGGAACGGUAAGAAGUUUGUGUUCACUGUGGAUGUCCACACACACUCUAUUUGACUAUUCCCACAUAUGCUCAGAGCGUCACGACCAAAACAAAGAUUUUUUUUUUUUCUCUCUUGUCUUCUCUUGUGUCUUGUCCACAUGUAGAUGCUGUUUUAGGUCUUUCCAUUGCAGUUUUGUGCAAUGUAGCAUUUGUGCUACGCCUGAAAAACCACGUCUUGCCAGCGCAAAAACUUUGGCAAAGUUGUCGUUUUUCCAUCAGGCAAAUAUUUAUGCGCAGGUUAUAUUCACACAAUUUGAGGGUCAAUGGAAAAGCGACUAUUUUCAAGUGUCCGGUUAUAGUCGGACAAUGAAAAAUCAGUUAUAAAAUCUAAUUUUGGUUGCAGCAGAUGUUGCACAUUCAAAGCACUACAUCAUUUCAGUCGGUUCAGAUUCAUGUUUACUUGGAAGUGUUUCUCUGGAGCUGCUGUCAGUACCGUCUAUGUCUGAUUAUUUUAAACCGGACCUGUGAGUGAUCCCAGAUCUGAAUGAUUACUGGACUACACCCAUAAACAGCAGCAGUGAAAGUCAUUCUAAAGGUUCUAGAAAGACAUGAAUGCAGUGAAAGUGAUAGCAUAUGAUGAUAAGUAGGUUUGGGAAUGACCUCUGACGAUCUGUUUCUUUUGUAAUAGCAUGUGCCUUGUUGCCUGUUGACCUGCAUCUAGACUGUAUUGAUGAACUGAAUAGUUAUGUUUUAUAAACACCGAUGAUUACGACAAUCCUGCAAAAUAAAUCAGAGGACAAUGCA